AUGCUCACCAUGGAGGAGGAGUGGAGGAGGCUCUACGAACUGGAUGAGGACCCAAAACGCAAGGAGUUCCUGGAUGACCUCUUUGGUUUCAUGCAGAAGAGAGGGACACCUGUGAAUCGCAUCCCUAUCAUGGCCAAGCAAGUGCUGGACCUGUACACACUGUACCGACUGGUGACGGACAAGGGCGGCCUGGUCGAAGUCAUCAACAAGAAGAUCUGGCGGGAGAUCACCAAGGGCCUCAACCUACCUACCUCCAUCACCAGCGCUGCCUUCACCCUCCGCACGCAAUACAUGAAGUAUCUGUAUCCCUACGAAUGUGAGAAGCGGGCGCUCAGCUCUCCUGGGGAGCUCCAAGCUGCCAUCGACAGCAACCGUCGGGAGGGACGGAGGCAGACUUUCGGCACAGCACUUUUCAACUAUUCACCGGCCAGCACCCCAACCCUGCUGGGCACCCCUAGAAUGCCUCUGCCAGCUCUUAGCAUCACCACGCACAGCUGUGGCCAGCUCGCACAAGUACACACCGUGAAGAAAGAGGAUGCUGUGCUGACGGCAGCAGUGCCAGGCCGCAUGCUAGCCAGCCACCACCUCGCAGCAGCCCAAGCAGCAGCCGCCUCGCAAGCAGCAGUGCUGGAGCAACUGCGGGAGAAGCUGGAGACAGGGGAGCCCCCGGAGAAGAAGGCAGCCCUAACAGCAGAGGAGCAGCAGCGGCUGGUGCAACACGCACUGCAGCACAACCUCCUGGCCGUGGCUUCCCAGUUCCCCAUGAAUGUCAAGAUCUCCAACCGAGAUGACAGACAGGAGACUGCAUUGAACCUGUCCACCAACGGCAUUAGCAGUAUCAACAUGUCAAUAGAAAUAAAUGGAGUUGUCUACACAGGCGUCCUCUUCGCCCGCCGGCCCCAGGCCACCCCAGCGCCCGGUGGAGGAAGCACCCAGAGCCGGCUGAACCCCGUGCCUGCCCCGAACCCACUGCUCUCAGCACCCUCACACAGCCACACUCCCACCAGCACCUUGCCAUAG